AUGAGGGCCUGCUCGCAGGGCAGCGCGCGGGCCGAGCGGCUCUCCAGCCUCCAGGUCUUCGCCAACAACUCCUCGCUGCACGGCAUCAGCCACAUCUUCCGGCACGGCUCGCUCUCGCUGCGCCGCGUGCUCUGGGCCCUCUUCUUCCUGGGCUCGCUGGGGCUCCUGCUGGUGGUCUGCAUGGAGCGCGUCACCUACUUCUUCUCCUACCCGCACGUCACCAAGCUGGACGAGGUGGCCGCGCCCAACCUGACCUUCCCCGCCAUCACCAUCUGCAACCUCAACGAGUUCCGCUUCUCCCGCAUCACCCGCAACGACCUGUACCACGUGGGCCAGCUGCUAGCCCUGCUCAGCGACCGCUACGAGAUCCGCAGCCCCCACCUGGCCGAGCCCCAGCUCCUGGCCGCCCUGCGGGACAAGGCCAACUUCCGCAACUUCAAAGCCAAGCCCUUCGACAUGGCCGACUUCUACAACCGCACGGGCCACGACAUGGCCGAGAUGCUGCUCCAGUGCAGCUUCCGCGGCACCGACUGCACCGCCCAGAACUUCACCGCGAUCUUCACGCGCCUGGGGAAGUGCUACACCUUCAACGCAGGGGUGCCGGGCAACGAGCUCCUCACCACCGUCAAGGGUGGCUCCGGCAACGGGCUGGAGCUCAUGCUGAACAUCCAGCAGGAGGAGUACCUGCCCGUCUGGGGGGAGAGCGAUGAGAUCUCCUACGAAGCCGGGAUCAAGGUGCAGAUCCACAGCCAGGAGGAGCCACCCUUCAUCGACCAGCUGGGCUUCGGUGUGGCGCCCGGCUUCCAGACCUUCGUGUCCUGCCAGCAGCAGAGGGUAUCCGUCCUUCCAUCU